AUGGAGACGAUACUCGAGGGCCUGCCUAAGUCUGCCUGCCAGGUCUACUUGGAUGAUUUGAUGAUCCAUACCUCCACCUUUGAACGGGAACUUGCAAACUUGAGAGAUGUUCUGGGAAGACUGCGGCAGGCAAACCUGAAACUCCACCCCCAGAAGUGUCAGCUUUUCCAACGCCAAACACUCUUCCUUGGUCACAUGGUCAGUGGUGCUGGAAUAGCCACCAACCCAGAGAAAGUCAAGGAUGUGGCAGAGCGGCCUCAGCCAGAGAAUGUCCCCCAGCUAAAGAGCUUUUUGGGCUUGGCAAACUAUUACAGACGUUUUGUAAGGAGUUACGCCGACAUUGCCAGCCCCUUACACCAGGCAGAGAUGGUGAAACCGUUCCUGUGGACAGAAGAGUGCAGUCGGGCAUUCGUGGCUCGGAAGGAGGCCCUGGUCACCUCCCCAGUCCUAGCCUACCCCUUACCAGACUGCCCCUUCAUACUGGAUACAGAUGCCAGCGACAAAGGGGUGGGGGAGUACUCUCACAGAAAGGGCUCACCGCAGUGUCCCCAGGCUGAGAUGCAGCAAUACCACGUGGGGGACCGGAUGGAAAGAGUAGCCGUCGACAUUCUCGGCCCCCUGCCUCUCUCAGAAAAGGGGAGCCAGUAUAUCUUGGUUGCCAUGGACUACUUCUGCAAGUGGCCGGAGAGCUAUGCCAUCCCAAACCAAGAGACAACCACAGUGGCUGAAGUCCUGGUCGAUGGGUUUGUCACAAGGCUUGGUGUGCCUGACGAAAUCCACAGCGAUCAGGGUCGAAAUUUCGAGAGUCAAGUCUUUAAAGAGAUGUGUCGCCUACUACACAUCAAGAAGACACACAAAAUGGUGUUGCACCCCCAAAGCGAUGGGAUGGUUGAGUGGUACAACCACACCCUCCUGGUGCAACUGGCAGUCUUCGUCCAAAAGCACCAGCGUGACUGGGAUGACUACUUACAGUUGUUGAUGAUGGCUUAUCGGAGUGCAAUGCACCAAAGCACCGGUUGCACUCCAGCUUCGAUCAUGUUCGGCCAAGAACUGCACACUCCAACAGAGCUCCUGACGACGUGUCAGCGGUGGCCAUCCCUUGAGUGCCAGGUCCGCGUUGGCAUCAGGCGGGAUGUAUACAGCUACCACAAAAACAGCUGUGAACUCUCUGGGCAGCCAAAAUGGCCGACACAGGAGCAAGAGAUAUUCCAGGUCCGGGGAACAGAAAGACUUGAGGGAAUUUUAGACGGGAUGUUAUCAUUUCCAGUAACCCCUCCUCCCACCACUGCCAACCUCCAACCUGGUACCAUGGAAGCCUGCUGGAGUGAAGUCAGGAGUACACGGGGGGAAGAGGAGGAGGAAGAUGGAAAAACCAGUAUAGACGGUAAAAGCAUAGACAAGGCGGAGCUGGAGGAGGCGUGGCUGGCAGAGGCGGGGUUAUCCUCGCUGGUGACGGGGUGUUCCUCGGGGGAGGGGCCAGCAGAAGCCCUGCUGUCCACCCUGACGAGACAACAGGUUGCCACGGUGAAGCAGAGGCUGGACAACUACCACCACACACUGAGGAGAAGACACACACAAGCAGCUACACACGUCCGGGACAUCUUCGCCACGGCUGCUGGGGGACUGGACAGCGGCGCCUCUUCCACACCAUGUAACCAAGAGUGUCCUCCUGUCAGACUCCACAGUACCACUAAGCCCCUCCGCCGGACCAAGACUAGAGUACGACCAACCUUCCCCAUUUUCACACCACUUGAAGAUAACGAAUCUGAACAUGGACAACCACCAACACACACAUACAAGCUGCAAGAAACAGAUGCCCAGACAGACACACACUCGACUGCACACUCACCCAGACGAGCUGAUUGGCUGCUGAGGGACGCUCCAUACUCAGAGGGGGUGGCGGAACAUGGAAGAGGUGGAGCUUGUCAGGACUGUCAACAUCUCCAUGGUGAUGACCACGACCUGUCUUCCUUCCAGCUGGUGUGUCCACAGCAGGGUCUGACACGUAUGGAGGAUUUGUCUCCAGCUGACAUGACUAAAGUUGGACACAUCUCUCUGAUUGAACUCGGCACCUUCUACCGCACACUGGGCAUCCACAUCAGACACCGCCGCCCCCACCGCACCAAACCCCGAGACAGAGGUGUAUUUGGGGUUCCUCUGAUGACUGUGUUGGAGAAUGACAGGAAAUGGUGUCCAGGAGAAAGAGAGAAAGUUCCUCUUGUCUUCAGGAAGCUGUUGUGUAUACUGGAGCAGACAGGGCUACAGACUGAGGGUAUUCUUAGAGUACCAGGAUCAGCUGCUAGACUCAAGUACUUGCGGGAGGAGUUAGACAGGAAGCUGUGGAGGGAAGAAUUUGAUUGGUCGUCAGUGAGACAUCAGGAAGCAGCUGGUCUGUUGAAAAUGUUCAUCAGAGAACUGCCCACCCCCCUUCUGACGUCACAGCACCUGCCAGCGUACACUGCUGCCCUGGGCAUUUCCUCUCCCCUCCAUCAGGUUCAAGCUCUCCACCUUCUCAUCCUCCUGUUACCAGAAGCUAAUAGACACACACUGAAGGCUCUGCUGGGGUUCCUCAGUAAGGUUGUAGCUCACCAGGAGGAGAACAGGAUGUCUGCGUGGAACGUCUCCAUGGUCAUUGCUCCCAACCUUUUCACCCGCAAUCACUGCGGCAAGAAUGCUAAGAAACAGGAGGAGAUGCAGGAGGCUGUGGGAGCAGCUCACCUGGUUCACCUGAUGAUCACUCACCAGGAAGUACUCUGGACUGUGCCAUGCUUCCUGCUGAGCCAGGUCAGGCAGAUGAACCAGGCCACCUGCCAGAAACAAACCAAGACAAAGACACGACUGAUGAGGCGAAAAAACAAGAACAACGAGAAUGAGGUCACAGAGUUGUGUGCGGGGCUAAUCAGGGUACAUGCGCCACAACAUAACAAGGUUUCUAUGGCGAUACAACUUGAUGGACAGACCAAAGCCAAAGAUAUCACAGCACGAUUUGAACUUGAGAACAGGAGCUCUGGGCAGCGCUCUGGUGCCAGACUGUACUUAUUUGAAGUGGGAGGAAACAUUGGUGAACGUCGUCUGCAUCCAGACUCUGUGUUGUUAGACAUUUAUCAUGUGAACCCUCACUGUGAGUGGAUCCUGAAACCAAGAGACAUCUAA